AUGAUCCACGCGGCCUCCCUGCGCCUCGGCGCGAUCCCUGCUCGCGUCACCUCUGUGACCAAGCCCCGCGCCGCGCACGUCGCGCGUUUCCAGAAGGGCGCGAACGGCGGAGACUACGUGAAGAAUCUGAGGGAUGACACCCUGAAGCUGAACGAGUCGGAUCACAUGCUGUGCAUGCAGUGCGAGCAAGCCCUCCACAACACAGGGUGCAACAGGACUAAGGGGGUGUGCGGCAAGACCGAGGAGGUCGCGGCCCUCCAGGACCUCAUGAUCUUCUUCAACAAGGGCCUGGGCACGUGGGCGAAGCUCGCCCGCGACAACAACGUCCCUGUUUCGGAGGAGCUCAACUACUUCACCUCCCUGACGACCUUCGCGACGCUCACGAACGUCAACUUCAGCGAGGACCGCUUCGCGGAGUUCCUCCGCAUGGGCCAGGGCCUCAAGGAGGAGCUCAAGCGCGACAUCACGAACGCGGGCGUGAAGUGGUCGCAGCGCCAGCAGCACCCCAACGCGCUCAACCAGAUCGCCGGCGCGCUCGGGGUCGGCGCGCCCGACGCGCUCGACGUCCCCGACCUCCCGUGGUUCCCCAUGCACACGCACCCGGCCAACUACGACGUCGACGUCAACGUGCCCGUCGAGGAGCUCGUCAUGGAGGGCCGCGCCGUCGGCCUCAAGCACCGCACCGACACCCUGGGCUCGGCGACGCUUGCCGGGCUCCAGGAGCUGGUGUGCUACGGGCUCAAGGGCCUCGCGGCGUACUACCACCACGCGUGGCGCCUCGGCGCGCGCGACGAGGGCGUCGACGCGUUCAUCCACGAGUGCCUCGCGUUCCUGGCCGCGCCGGAGUCGAGCGACGCCGCCGCCGUGCUGGCCAUGGCCAUGCGCGUGGGCGAGGUGAACGGGCGCGUGCUGCAGCUCCUCGACGAGGAGCACACCAAGACCUUCGGCAACCCGGCGCCGCACGAGGUGAGCACGGUGCCGCAGGAGGGCAAGUGCAUCCUGGUGUCGGGCCACGACAUGCACGACCUCAAGGCACUCCUCGACCUGACGGAGGGGACGGGCAUCAAGGUGUACACGCACGGCGAGAUGCUGCCCGCGCACGGGUACCCGGGGCUGCGCAAGUACACGUCGCUCGCCGGCCACUUCGGGUCGCACUGGGGCAACCAGCGCUUCGAGUUCGGGCUGUUCCCCGGCCCGAUCCUCAUGACGACCAACUGCCUGAUGGAGCCCGUCAAGGACUACCAGGCCCGCAUCUACACCACCGGCGCCGUCGGCCACGACGACUGCCGCGAGCACCUCGCCGGCCCCGAGGCCUUCCAGACCGUCGUCGACGCCGCGCUCGAGCUCCCGGGCUUCACCGCCGCGCAGGUCGAGCAGUACAAGCCCUUCAAGAACGGCAAGCUCGUCGGCUCCGCCACCAUGACCACCGGCUUCGGCCACCACUUUGUCCUGAGCGUUGCCGACAAGGUCCUCGGCGCCAUCUCCGCGGGCGAGCUCAAGCACAUCCACCUGAUCGGCGGGUGCGACGGCCACGAGCAGGGGCGCCACUACUACACCGACGUCGCGCGCGAGCUCCCGCAGGACAGCGUCGUGCUGACGCUCGGGUGCGGCAAGUUCCGUGUCAACUCCCUCGACAUGGGGACGAUCCCGGGGGAGUCCGGGCUGCCGCGCCUGAUGGACAUGGGGCAGUGCAACGACGCGUACUCGGCGCUCGUCGUCGCGCAGACGCUCGCGGGCGCGCUCGGGUGCGGCGUGAACGACCUCCCGCUGACGCUCAACAUCUCGUGGUUCGAGCAGAAGGCGGUGGCGGUGCUGCUGACGCUGCUCAACCUCGGCGUGAAGAAGAUCGUGCUCGGGCCGCAGCUGCCGGCGUUCCUCACGCCCGAGGCGCGGCAGCUGCUCGUGGACACCUUUGAGCUGACGCCGGCGGACUUGGAGCACCCCUUCGACGACGUGCAGAAGCAGCUCGGGCUCGCGAACUAG